AUGGCAUCAUCACCGCUUAGUACCGAGUCCAAAGUCCUUAUCGUGGGAGCGGGGACUUGGGGCUGCAGUACCGCGCUUCAUCUGGGUCGUCGAGGCUAUAAACAUGUGACAGUCCUCGAUCCCUAUCCGGUUCCUUCACCCAUUUCCGCUGGUACCGACCUGAACAAGAUCCUGGAGUUGGGCUCUUUUGCUGGAGACGACGCUGACGAGCGGUACGUGUCUAACAAGUUGCUGGAAGCAGCCACUGAAGGAUGGCGCCACGAUCCCGUGUUUAAACCACAUUUCCACGAGACUGGCUGUAUCCUGGCGGCGACAUCGGAAGACGCUCGUAAGCACAUGAACACGCGGGAUGGGCCCAGUGAAGCAGCUGGGUGGAUUCCACUGAGGACCAAGGAAGACUUCCAAGCAACCAUGCCCAAAGGUGUUUUGACUGGAGAUUUCCCUGGUUGGCAAGGAUGGUGGAUGCAGAAAGGAGCAGGGUGGGUUCACGCCCGUAAGAGUAUGGAGAGUGCUGCCAGAGAAGCCAUACGGCUGGGAGUCAAAUUCAUCACCGGCGAACAGGCAGGCCGUGUGUCGAGUUUGAUCUAUGGUUCUUCUGACAUCAAGGGUGCCAUCACCGCUGAUGGUACUCAUCAUUACGCAGACAGGACCAUACUCUGCGCAGGCGCCAGCGCCGCGGCGCUGUUCGACAUGAAAGACCAACUUCGACCCACGGCCUGGACACUGGCCCAUAUUAAGAUGACUCCAGAGGAAGCCAAACUGUACAAAGACCUUCCCGUGCUGUUCAACAUCGAGCGUGGCUUCUUCAUGGAGCCCGACGAGGAUAAUCAUGAGCUGAAAAUGUGUGAUGAACACCCUGGGUAUUGCAACUGGAUCCCCGACACUUCUGCCCAAGAUGCUCGCCAGAUCAGCUCCCCCUUUGCAAAACACCAGAUUCCCCUCGAGAGCGAAGCACGCUGCCGAGAAUUCUUGCGUGAGACCAUGCCUCACCUUGCAGACCGACCUUUCUCUUUUGCACGGAUAUGUUGGUGUGCAGACACUCCCAACCGGGCAUUCCUAAUCUCUAAGCACCCACAGUACGCCUCCUUGGUGCUGGGUGUGGGUGGCUCCGGACAUGGAUUUUGCCAUAUCCCAGCAAUCGGAGGCUUCAUUGCCGAUGCCAUGGAAGACAGACUCGACGACAAGUUGAAGCAGAGCUUUCGAUGGAGGCCAGAGACGGCCAAGGGCAGGGAUUGGAAAGAUCUGCAGGGUAGAUUCGGCCCGAAAGGAGGCAAUCGGGUGAUGGACUUUCAAGACAUCAAGCAAUGGACAAACAUUGGCGAAAAGCAACAGCAACAGAAUGCUCAGGUUCAUUAA